GACGCUCUUCCGGCCCUGCGUCACGUGGCGGAAGCGGCGGGGCGCCUAAGAUGGCGGCGGCGUGAGUUGCAUGUUGUGGGGGCCGCCGGGAGGAGCCGGAGCCGCCGUUGCCGUUGCCGUUACCGCCGCCGCCGCCAUGGCGGUGACCGUGACGCUGAAGACGCUGCAGCAACAAACCUUCAAGAUCCGGAUGGAGCCGCACGAAACGGUGCGGGCGCUGAAGGAGAAGAUCGAGGCAGAGAAGGGCAGCGACGCCUUUCCUGUGGCCGGGCAGAAGCUCAUUUACGCUGGGAAGAUCCUGAGCGACGACGUCCCCAUCCGUGAGUACCGUAUUGAUGAGAAGAACUUCGUGGUUGUCAUGGUGACCAAGGCCAAGUCUUCGCUGGGCGCCGCAGCCCCCGAGGCCAGUGCCGGUGGCACCGCGGAGCCUCCCGCGGCACCAGGGCCCCCCCCGGCCGCCGACGCCAUCCCCCCGCCACCAGCCGCCCCCAGCGAGGAGACGCCAUCCCAGGACCUCCCUCCACUCACCCUCUCAGAGCCCCCAGCAGGCUCUGUUCCCCCCCCAGGUAGCGCGGGGCGCUCGGCCGACGCCGCCUCCACCCUCGUGACGGGCUCGGAGUACGAGACGAUGCUGACGGAGAUCAUGUCGAUGGGCUACGAGCGGGAGCGGGUGGUGGCCGCGCUGCGCGCCAGCUACAACAACCCCCACCGCGCCGUCGAGUACCUGCUGACGGGCAUCCCCGGCAGCCCCGAGCCCGAGCGCCCGCCCGUGCAGGAGAGUCGCCCCCCGGAGCAGCCAGCGCCAGAAGGAGAGAACCCCCUGGAAUUCUUGCGGGAGCAGCCCCAGUUCCAGAACAUGCGGCAGGUGAUCCAGCAGAACCCGGCCCUGCUGCCCGCCCUGCUCCAGCAGCUGGGCCAGGAGAACCCCCAGCUGCUCCAGCAAAUCAGCCAGCACCAGGAGCAGUUCAUCCAGAUGCUGAACGAGCCGCUGGGGGAACUGGGCGACCUGGAGGGGGAGAUGGGCGCCAUCGGGGACGAGUCCCCCCAGAUGAACUACAUCCAGGUGACGCCUCAGGAAAAAGAAGCCAUAGAAAGGUUGAAGGCGCUGGGCUUCCCCGAGAGCCUGGUGAUCCAGGCCUACUUCGCCUGCGAGAAGAACGAGAACCUGGCGGCCAACUUCCUGCUCAGCCAGAACUUCGACGACGACUGAGGGACCCGGGGGAGGACGCCCCUGGGGGGGGAACGGGGGGGCGCAUGGGGUCUGUGCUGCCCCUAGGGAGGGGGGGCUCCUGCUGCGGGGGGGGAGGGGAGGGGGGGGGCUGUGGCUCUGCCUUUUGGGGAGAGGCAGGACUGGGCCCCCCGUUGCGCCCCAAGGGAGCAGCGGCGAUCGGUGGAUCCCCCCCCCCGCCCCCCAACGCUGGGGGGGGGGGGGGGGGGGUUGCUCCACAAACCGCUUUCUCCUGUCCCGACCCCCCCCCCCCUCCCAACAGCCCCAACCCCCCCUGCUUCCCCCCCCCCCGCCCCCGCCUUCCCCCGUUUGGCCCUGGGGGGUGGGGGGCGGCGCCGCGGGAAGAACUACAAUUCGGGGGAAGAGAUUAAACACAGAAUUUUAACCCCA